AUGCCUCGCGAUCUUGAAGAUGAGAUCUUUGGUGGAGAGUCCGAUCUAUCUGAUUUCGAGCAAGAUGAGAGGCCCGCCGAACAAGUACAAGACGAUCUUCCAGAUGAAGAACGGCAGCGUGAACAGAAAGAUGGCGGCCAAUCCCAUGAACCUAUGUCACGCGAAGGUACACACGGAUUCCCCAAGUUUAGGAAAGAUCCGAAGCAUAGACCUUCUGAAGAAAGUUCGGCGCCACGGAAAAAGCCCAACAAACGACCCGACCCUGCAGCUAGUGGAGCUCCACAAGAUUUAGGCGGUGAAGUGGAAGCACCCCUUGACCCUGAAGAGCAGCGACGACAGGAGCUCUACCAACAGAUCGAUGAAGCAGCGGGCAAGGGCAAGAAGGGCAAACGGCGUCGACGGAAAGGGGGCGAUGAUGAUUUGGAGAUGAUGGCCGACGAGGAAGUGUCCCGGCUCCGUUCGCGGAUGCUGAAUGCGGUUGAGAAGGACAACCAAGCGAACGAGGAGCGUCGGCCGGCCACGGAGAAACUGAUGCUCCUGCCGAUCGUGACAUCUACCAUGCGAAAAUCCCAUCUCGAGACCGCAAUUCUCGACAACGGCGUCUCAGAACCCACCCUCACAUUCGACAUGCUGGAGGCUGUCAAGAAGUGGCUCGAGCCCCUGCCCGACCGCUCCCUUCCCGCGCUCAACAUCCAACGUGAGCUCCUCGAGCUGCUCGACAAAAUGACCAGCAUAGACACUCAGUCGCUCAAGGCUAGUGAGCUCGGCAAGAUCGUCCUCUUUUACACUAAAUGUCCCCGGGUCGACCCCGCGAUCAAGCGGACGGCGGACCAGCUAGUCACACGUUGGAUGAAGCCGAUCCUGCGUCGCUCAGCGCGAUCUCGCGAACCACUACCUACAGGCCUUCCCCGAGUCGUCCGACCGCCUACGGGAGGCGCCACGAGCUCCCAGCGCGCCCGGAUCCCAGAGACUGUCCAACAGCACUUCCAGAACCCUGCCCGAUCCCAGCUCGAUACUAACACCGACGGCCCGCCUGGCUCCCAGAACCCUGCCAUGCGCAAUAGCACCCAGAAGGCUACGGCUAAGAAGACCCGCGAAUGGGCUCGUAAACUCCAGGAAGCAAAGAAACUUCAGCGUAUGGGCUGA